AUGGAUGAAAAUAAAACUACGGCGAAUAAUUUUAAAAAGGAAAAAGAACAACUACAUGCUAUACCGAGAGGAAAGCCUAAAGGCGGUCGAACAUGGAAGCUUCAAAAGGGCAGAUUUUCGGCCAUAUCUCGUCCAAAAUCUCUGAAAAUGUCUUAUGAUGAACGAAUAAAAUUGAAAACAGGUUUAAACCAUACACGUUCAAUAGAAAAAGAAAUGUGGAAAGCUGUCAAUGAAAAACGUGAUAAUCUAAGAAAACGACAGAAAGAAAAUAAAGAAAGACGUUUAGAAAAUGAACGAAAAGGAGAAAUUGUACAAGUGAUAAAAAAUCCAGCCAAAAUAAAACGUAUGAAAAAGAAACAAUUGAAAUCUAUACAGAAACGUGAUUUAGAUAAAGUUAACAAAAAACCGACAACGAAAAAAGUAUCAGUUACAUCGACUGCUUCACAUCAAACUGUCGCCGUAUCAGAACAACAGUCAAUGUAUAACGGGAUUGGUCUUAAUACACCUCGUGGAACUGGUACAAAUGGUUAUGUUCAAAAAAACUUAUCAUUUGUGAAUGUAAAACGUGAUCGUGUGACAUAUGUUAAAGAUGCAGAUGUAAAACAACUUGAAACACUGAUUGAACGAAAAGGAAAUGUAGAAAUAUUAGAGCAUGAAAAGAAACGUCGUGUCGAAUUAAAAUGUGCUGAAAUGCGUGAUAUGAUGUUAAGUAAUAAUUAUGAUGAAGAAACAACCAAACGCAAAGUACAAAAAUUUCGGAAAAUGUUGAUUGAACGCGAAGGAUUAUAUAAUAAUGAACAAGUUGAAUAUGAUGAACAUGGAAGACCAGUAGCUAAGGAAACUCAUCAAUUGGCUCAAGCAAAUGAAGAAAAAAAUCGCAAAUUACGUGAAGCGUUGGGUCUUGGUGAAUAUAAUCCAAAAGAAGCUACGAAAAAGAAAGUUGAUGAACUCAAAGAGGCAGAACGUCGUAAAAUUGAACUAGCUCAAAGACAAUACACAAUUAUUCAAGAUGAACAAGAAGAAGAAAAAGACGAUGACACCGUAAAUAAUAAUAAUGACGACGAUGUAGAUAAAUUAGAAAAAUCGCCACGUGAAAAAGAUCGACAUCAUUCUUCGAGUCGAAAAGAAAAAGAUCGUCACGAUAAAAGUCAUCGUCGACACGAACGGAAAAGAUCAAGAGAAAGACAAAAAUCACCUCAUGAAGAACAUAAAAGCAAACGAUCAAAACAUCAUACUUCCAAUGACCGUCAUCGUGAAAGUGACAAGGAUCGAGAACGCGAUCAAUCAAGAAGAUCGAAGUGA